AUGUUCGAUAAAUUCUUCAAGCGUGAAACUCCCGAGGAGCAGGCGAAGAUAUGGCGGCGGCAGCUCAACUCCGAGAUGCGCAAGAUUGACCUGCAGGUUCGCAAGAUUCAGCGGGAGGAGAUGAAGGUGAAACAGGCAGCUAAACAGGCUGCACGGCAGAAUGACACCGUUGCAGUUCGUAUGCUGUCGAAGGAGAUCAUCCGCUCCCGCCACGCUGUGCGGCGCAUGUACACCGCCCGCACACAGAUGAACUCCGUCGCAAUGCACCUGCAACAGCAGGUGUCGCAGAUCAAAUUGGCAGGAAGUAUGAAGAAAAGCUCCUCUAUCAUGGCGCAGAUGAACGAAUUGAUGCGCAUUCACGAGGUGCAGGGGUCGAUGCAGGCGAUGGGGAAGGAGAUGAUGAAGGCCGGGUUGAUUGAGGAGAUGAUGAACGACACCAUCGACAACGCCCUGGACGAAGGCAUCAGCGAGACGGAGCUGGACGAUGAGGUGAGCAAGGUUGUAGAGGAGGUCAUGCAGGGGCAGAUGCAGGGCACCAGAGUCAACACCACAAGGCUGCCGCAGGUCCAGCAGGAAACGGCGCAGGAGGCGGAGGCAGAGGAGGAGGACAUGGACGACAGCGAACUGAUGGAGAAGUUCAAGGUCCUCCGCGGCGGCGCGAGCUGA